CCACGCGGUCAAUCAACAUUUGUGCACGUAUCAACUUGAACCUUCUUCAUUACCUACUUCAUCUUGUCCAUUGUCCGCGAUGGCGGCCAACAUUCGGAAUAGGCGAGCGGGUCCAUCAACCUCGAGAGUUGAGCCUGAAGAGGACGAACGUUUUCAAGAAGAAGAACAUGCCGACGAUAUGUACCAAAAUCCUAGCAAAAGACAUCCUGUCGAGAAAACAUUGGAAACUGAGAGAGCAAGUGUGGUUGUGGUUGUAGUGCUGACUGCGUUGGCCUUUGCACUGCGUUUCUAUAAAAUCAACCAACCAGACCAAGUCGUUUUUGACGAGGUCCACUUCGGGAAAUUUGCGUCGUACUACAUUCGUGGGGAGUAUUACUUCGAUGUCCACCCACCCUUCGCCAAACUUUUAUUCGGCAUUGCCGGUUGGUUUUGUGGAUUUGAUGGUUUGUUUAAAUUCGAGAACAUUGGAGACAGCUACACAGCGAACCAUGUUCCAUACGUUGGCAUGCGUGCAUUGUCUGCUGUUCUUGGUAGUUUGACCAUUCCGGUUGUAUACGCUAUCAUGAAGGAGAGCGGCUAUUCGACGAUCAUUGCUGCCUUUUCUGCUUCUCUUAUCCUAUUCGACAAUGCUCAUGUUACCCAAUCACGGCUUAUUCUUCUCGAUGCAACCUUGAUAUUUUUCAUGUCCUUGACCAUGUAUGCUUAUAUCCGGUUCCAAAAGUUGCGAUACAGGGAGUUCACUACCGAGUGGUGGGGAUGGCUUCUAGCCACCGGGUUGUUCAUGGCCUGUACUUGGGGAUCCAAAGUAAACGGUGUACUCACCGUGGCAACCAUUGGCGUAGCUGUGUUGAUUGACUUGUGGAUGCUGUUAGACCAUAGAAAAGGCUACUCAAUGGAACAUUUCUGGAGUCAUUUCGCCGCCAGGGCUGUUGGUCUGAUAAUCGUUCCGUUUAUCAUCUAUUUAUCCUUCUUUUACGUCCACUUUGCCCUUCUUCCCACUUCGGGUCCUGGCGACACCUUCAUGAGCCCUGCAUUCCAGGAGACACUCUCAGGAAACGAAAUGCUUUUGAACAGUCAAGAGAUCAGAUACUACGACACAGUCGCAAUGCGGCACAAGGACACCAAAGUGUACCUCCAUUCUCAUGUAGAGAGAUACCCUCUCAAAUACGACGAUGGUCGUAUCAGCAGUCAAGGACAACAAGUGACAGGUUAUGGACACAACGAUAGCAAUAACCAUUGGCAGAUUAUACCCACCAAAUCGUUACCAGAGACAGGACGCGGGAGGAUAGUUCGACACAACGACAUCAUUCAGCUUCUCCAUGUCAAUACCGACAGCGUGUUGCUCACUCAUGACGUUGCUUCCCCUUUGAUGGCCACAAAUCAGGAGUUCACGACAUGGCCGAAACAUGAUAAAACACGCUAUAACGAGACUCUUUUUUACAUGCAAUUGGUCGACACACCAAACGACGGGGAGGCAUGGAAAAGUAAAUCAGGGUACUUCAGGUUACUUCACGCUCAAACAAAGGUCUCCAUGUGGACACACAAUCAACAGCUACCAGACUGGGCCUUCAAACAGCAAGAAAUCAACGGUAAUAAGAAUCCAACCGAAAGGACCGCCACUUGGUUUGUGGAUACGAUCGUUGCAGACGAAAGCGGGGAACCACCUGUAGAUCGUGCAGACUCUCAGCCCGAAAAGAUCCCAAAGAAGAUGAAUUUUUUCAGGAAAUGGGGCGAGCUUCAACUUCUCAUGUUGCAACAUAACGCCGGCCUCACCGCGUCUCACCCUUACGCCAGUAGUCCUAUCAACUGGCCAUUCCUCUUGAGUGGUAUCAGCUUUUGGACAGAAAAUGAAUCCCAGAAGCAGAUUUAUCUCAUCGGUAACAUUGUAGGCUGGUGGGCUUGCCUCAUUGGGCUGUCAGUUUAUGUUGGGAUUCUGGGUGCAGACCUCUUGGCGCGUCGUAGGGACGUGUAUCCUAUUCCUGAACCUGUGCGUAAUCGUCUCUGGAACUCUGCCGGUUUCUUCUUCCUUGUUUGGGGUAUUCACUAUGCUCCAUUCUUUGUGAUGAACCGUCAGCUUUUCAUUCACCACUACCUCCCCUCUCACCUCGCGUCUGCCCUUAUCGCCGGCGCUGUCCUUCAAUUUGUUCUUUCGGAUACUAUCAACUUCCCUGUUUCUAUCCGUGGACCUACCACAAGAGCAAAGCCGAGGAUGGUCACCGACAUAGGGCUUAAAGGACCUAUAAUCUUUGCGGUGACAUGUAUUGUGUUGUUUGGGUUUUAUGUUUAUAUGGCGCCAUUGACCUAUGGCACACCUGGACUGACCGGAGACGAAGUGAAUAGCAGAAGAUUCCUGUCCUCUUGGACGCUUCAUUUUGCCGCUAAGAAGACGGAGGAUGUUGUCGUUUGAAAAGUGUUGCACUUGUUUUCAUAUCUGGAUUCGCUAAUUACAGUACUGCCGCAAUGACUUAGCUGAACUUGUAGAUAUUUUACUUCCGGUGGAGUAAGCACACAAUAUUAUACCUGUGUACGGGCAAAGAUUGGGCAAAGAAACC